AUGAAGCUCUUUUUCCCCUUCGUUUCUGCGCUAGCUCUCGUUGAAGGUGUUUAUCAGUUUCCUGAUGACUUUCCGACGUGUCCAGUGGUAGGUGGACCUCAUGGGAAGGAGUUCAACGAUGCCAUCAAGAUAGAAGAUGGACAAAAAGUGAAGUCUAUCACGAUAUGUCAUGGUCAUCGUGUGGAUGGCAUUGGCAUUAGUUUCGUGCCUCCGAAUGGCAUGAGCCAAGAUCCGUUUCACGAACGAAGCGGGAACUCUCACUUCCGUCAAAUAGGUGCCUAUUGA